UGUGGACGUGUGUGUGUACUUUUUAGUUUUUGAGGAGAAAUUGUGUUCCAUCUGUGAACUCUCAGAAAGAAAAUAGACAUGGCCAGUGACUCGAAUGGAGGCUCCGAACAGUUGGUGGCCAUUAUUGGCGGAAUGGGUCCAAUGGCAGGAGUGAAGCUGCAGGAAUUGAUUGUGAAUAGGACCAAAGCCACGCGUGACUGCGACCACGUGUCCGUUCUGGCCUACACCAAUCCCAAAGUUCCUCCCAGGAUUGGUGACUUCGGCCUACAAUGUGUACCAGAAAUUAUUCGCAGUGUGCAGGCAAUGGAACGAGCGGGCGCUACCCAAUUCGCUAUCGCUUGCAACACAGCGCAUAUGUUCCAGGAAGAGAUACUGGCAGAGGUUAAAAUCCCAAUCAUCAGCUUGCUGGAGGAGACAGCGAAGCAUCUAGCGGCUAACUUCGGCAGCUCACCGACCAUAGGCAUUUUAGGAACACUGUCUCUUUUGAAGAGUGGUCUCUACCAGUCAACUAUCUUGGCUGAGUGCCCACAAGCAACCAUCCUGCUUCCUGUCAGUGACGACCAAGCCAGCUUGGACGAACUCAUUCAAGGACCCAAUGGUAUCAAGGCCGGCCACCUUGGCUCUGAGACUCAAGAGCCAGUACGGGGCAUUGCACAAGGACUGAUCACCCGUGGAGCAACUGUCAUAGUUACCGCCUGUACCGAGCUGCCGCUGGUCUUCAACGCCAGUUUGUGCGCUGACUUCCCAGCUCGCAUCCUUGACCCAAUGAUCGUUGUAGCUGAUCACAUCAUACGCAUUAGCGGUGCAGAGGUAGCGUAAUCGCCUCACAGGUUCUCGAGUCCCGUCGAUGCGUUUUAAUUCUACUGAAGCUUUACGUUUUACAUUUGCUAUCGUGCAGUGGUGAAUGUACACUUGCUAUCGUGCAUAGCAGUGGUGAAUGUUCUUGAGCACAAUUACAGAAGUAGGUAUAUGCUGUGUGCUGGUCCUGCAGCAUUCUUUCUUAUCUAGUCUAGUUCAUUGGAAAAAAUCUUCCGUUUUCUCUUUUCAAUUGGCAUUUUCAGUUUAAAAAAAAUUAUUGUAUCUUUCUCAAACUUGUGGGACUUUGUUCCAACUGGCUUGCGUUCACAAUGCAGUGCUUUUGGUUCGAAGGCUUCACAGCAACUAGGCAAUCCGCGCUGUGAGAAAUAAUCACCACCGCUGCCAAUACUACGGCACUUUCGUCACUUUUUAAUGAAAGAAUUGGAUGUUUUGCUCGUCCUUUCAGGCUUUGUGCUGUGACACUGCCAAUUAUGGGUAGUGAUCCUACUCUGAACAUAUCCAGACUGGCUUACCAGUUUCCAACAA